UUUCCUUUACGGGCUGAUUAACAUCUACGCAUACUUGGCCACAUUGUACAAGAACAGCAGUUUUGUUGCUUUCUGGUCUUUACAGCAGAUCAUAAGAAAGCAGAAGAGUUAUAUUAAGACGCGAAACACAGGGGCUGACAGGAAACACGAGAGCCAGCGUAAUUACAAUAAUGAUGUAGGUUAGACCCAGUAACCUCUGGGAAAAGCUGCGUUUCUCUGCUAACAUGAAACAAGAAAAGUCUAUAUUCAGGCUGAGUAGAAAACGGUCAAAGGGCUGCUUGUCCCGAUCCUGAAGCAGCGAAACAGACGUUUGUGUACAGAAACCAGGCUCAUUCACCCUGAAGAUGUGGUCUUGAGAGAUCAUGUGGGUGUCCCGACACAAACAUGAACAACCUCAUCAUCUGAUUCAUCUCCCUGAAGCGCUAAUCGCCUGAAGGAGAUCACAUGUUCUGCUCCAAACCACGGGAUAGCAGAAGCUCUGUGUGUGAUGCUACAUGAAGCGCUUCUAAUCCACGUCUCAGUAUGACUUUAAAAAAUUGAUUCCGAUGUUUGCGUGUGAAAAAGCGAUGCAAAGCUAGUUACUUGCUGGGCUGUUGCUAUGCGGUUGCUAAGGUGUGCAAAUUGGUUGCUUGUAAGUGUCAUAUUAAGCUAUAUUAUGUAAUGAUCUGAUACCUUGUCUGUACCAUGUUAGUACCAUAGGUGUUUGCUCAGACAAGCGUCACUGUUAUUAUUACUCGUAUGUAGGCUCAGUGAUUUGAACAAACUCCAGUGUCACUAAGUUCGUCUUAAAGACGUUAAUGAGUUUUUAUAUUGUGCAGCUGGUUAAAAAAUGUUUCUUGCCUGGUGGAUGAUUGGAAUCAAUCCAAUCGAUUCAUACUGAAGGAGACAACCAAGCCAUAUCUAGAGACUAACAUAUCACACCAAAUAGACUUAGAUAGAAAUAGAAAAGUUAGAUCUUUUGACUUGGCUAAGCGAGCAACCACCCACUCGUUAACUCGUUAAAUCCACCCACAAAAUUCAAAAUCGAGCGAUUUUUUGCGCUCUGUGUUCUAGUUUCAUUUAAAGCAAAACACUGAAAGAGACAAAAAACCGCAAGUAGUGCAAAGUAUACAGUUUAUCCAGAUCAUGUUUUUUCACUUUAGGUUAUCUGUGUUAAACUGCAGGCUCCUUUGUGACUGCAAGACAAACGUUAAAGGCAUCCCUAAGAGUAAACAAAACAAUUCCAAGCCAACAUGUCCAGGUUGAAAAAGGGGGUAUUUACUGGCUGCGAGCAAACACACACACACACCCACACACACACACACACAUCUUUCUCCCAGUGAAAAAUAAAAGUGGUUCUGUAAGUCUUUUGUUCCUUCAGACUAGCGCACACAUUUGUAGUCAUGGCUGAGAGGAGACGGCACCAGUGGCCCCUCUUCACACUGUGAGAGAAGGAGACAUGGAAGAAAAGCUGGGAUCGUCACAGCGCUAUUGCCUCUUGAAGUCAGAUUGUGCGGUCCUCUUCAGAGUCGUGUGACGCAGAGUUUAUUAUGGAGGACGUCAAGCCUGAGGACUGGCGGCAGCUACUUCAGCCCCACGCCGCAGCUGGCAAAAACAGCACGAGUCUCCUUCGCAGGUCCUCAUCAUGGAGGAGGCCUGGGGAGCGGGGUUAUUAUAAGGGCCCGCGGCGCAGGUGAAUGAGCCCCCUCGCAGAGCUCGUCCUCUGAGCUGCAUAGAGGGGGGUAGGAUGGACAAAUGGCUUCAGACGCUCGAGAGACUCCAAUCACGUCGUCUUCAGGAUCAAAUACCUCCGUUUGCGGACAGGACGGUAUCAAUGCCAGUUCUCCCGAAUGAGUCGGUGGGAUGUAACCCGCUGCGUCCCGAUGUUUCCUCACACCGCAGGAGGAAUCAGACACCUAGCGUCUGUCCCAGCGUGUGUGAAAGCUCCUCCAGCAGCAUGGAGUCUGUUCACAUUAAAGCUGCUCCCGCUGCAGAAAAAGCUGAGUUCUGCGCUCUCGCCCCGGUUCGCUUCGGCUGGCUGCCCGUACAAAGACAUGUGAUACUGACCGACGUCUCUGACAAGCACCAUGACAACAGUAGGUGCCAGCAGAAACUGAAGUCCCCCAUCACUCCAGUGUUGCUCAUCACUCCUGCCAAACUUAAUGGACCAAGACCAAAUGACGGGGAAACCGCGAGGCCUGAACCGGUCGCGCUUAGAUGCUGGAGGACGCCUGAGAAAACACCGUCCGUCCUCCCUCAGGCUCCGGGAUCCGUGAGCUCCGAGGGAGGGCGAAAAGGACCGCGGGCCUGGAAUCCGAAAGCCGAGAUGGACACAUGCCGCUCUGGACCUCAUCCCGCGUCGAGAAAUCCCACAUGCAGGCGGGGAAGCGCGCCGGAGUCCUUCAGCUCCUCAAUAUCAUCCAUAACUAUCACUUCCAGGAAGGUCACGCGCACAAACUCCGGGCCUCCGAGUCCAGCCUCAAAUGACCUCGCCGAUGGACGAAGAAAAGCUUUAGUGGUCAAAGUCACCGAACAGAGGACGAAAAGCACUUCCAGCUUGCCCGUUGCCUCAACCUCUGGCUCUGAUCAUGGAGAGACGGACCACGGCGUGGUACUGAGAAGAAAGGCAACCAUUGUGAAAAUGACCGAACAGAGAGAGCUCUUCAGUCCGGUGCAAUACAGACACAGCUACACUGAAGGACUCCGCAAUGAAUCUAAAGUCAAUCCCUCACCAUUAAACCAACAGUUAACUAUAUCUCUAGAGCCGGGGGGAAACCAGUGGAGGUCCCAGCACAGAUCUAGCCUGUCUCUGUACCUUAACAACACAAACCAUAGCAGCACAACAGCGGAGAGCGACACCGAAACACACAAGCCUCCUCGAAGGCCUCUCAGCUGCGACGCAAGCCUGUUUAACCGCACACAACUCGGCAGUAAUGCAGUUACACAUCCAGCGUUUCACAACAAGAGCUCUCCUGUUCCCCAGAAGACAAAUAUUGACCUUGUUAGUUCCAGCUGCAGCGAAGCAAGAAGGCUCUGGGCCUCCGGUGGCGAGGACGGGAGCGCGAGGACGGAGCGGGAUCGUGAGGAGCCUAUUUCGGGAAUCAAACCUCUCACGCUACUAAAACCAGCAGAUAACUCGGCUGAUCUGAGCGCAGACGCCGUACUGGCCCUGAACGCCGCCGCGGUUAUCGCCAACAUAAAGCUGCAGGCCCAGCAGAGACGAACUACAUCCCACACAGAAGCAGCAGUGAGAUUAACAGAGGAUAGAGGGCAAAAAGAACACAGAGAGCUCAAAGAAGACGCUGCUGUUGCUGAUGGAAAGAACAAAAUAUUUCCAGCAGAUCGAUGUGUGGUUUUUGUCCCGGGCGAGUUCCAAAAUGACCUUUCUGAAACUGCUUUGGCUCCAAUGUCACUAAGCGAGGCUUUAGCGAUCAGACGGCCUGAUUUCAUCGAGCGCUCACAGGCCAGAGUUCGAGCCCUGGAGAGGAGGUCACAGACGAGCCAGAACUCCCACAGCUCACCGCAGACACCUGAGAGCGGAGAAAGCCUUGUAGAAUCCAAAGACACAAGCAUCCUGAGAAGGAGCCUACAGCUGCGGUCCAGGAGGAGUUAUAACCAGCUGCCUGAGGUGAGGAAGAGGAGAGAGGAAGAAAAGAGGAAAAAAGAAGAGGAGAAAAGAAAACUGGCUUCUCGGACUAACAGACUGCGGGCAGAGCUCUUUAAAAAGAAACUCCUGGAGCAGAUUUUGCAGAGGGGAGGAAAUCACUGACACCGCUUUGGACGUGUGUUUCUUCUCACUCCACAGUUCUCAUGCCGGCCCUUAAAAAAUAUGACAUGACAUUACUUAUAAACGUUAUGGAAUAGUUCCUUUCAGAAUGCAUGUGCCUUAAACGUGAACCGCAGCCUCAUUUCUGGGGCUCUGGAUUAGAUCUUCUCUUUCUAUGCAUACAUUAAAUAAUUACUUUUUGAAAGUCAA